AUGUCUCACAAGAGAAAGCGAUUACAGCUAAAUGAUGAUGACCUUAUAGAAGGAAGAGCACUCUAUAGUAGUAGUGAUGAGGAUUCCGAUAAUGAAGAUUUUAAUGACAUUCCUCAACAGUAUGACAGCGAUAAUGAGAGGGAAUAUAAAAAGAAUGUACACAGACUUGCUGCUGAUGAAGACGAAGAAUCAACAAACGAGCAAGCAAUUCCAAGUAGUACCAAGAAAUUCUCUUUUGAUGUUAGAGGUUCCGAUCUUGGAAAACGUCUUACAAGAAAGAUUAACCAAAAUCCAAAAAUUAACAAGGCUAUUAAAUCUAAAUCAAUUUUUAAUGAUGAAGAGGAACAAGAAGUUAGUGAUGAAGAAGAGGAAGAGCAAGGAGAAAAUAACAUCCUUUUAAGAGCAAUGAGAAAUGAUUCCGAUGAAGAAGAAAAUGGACAAGUUUCAGCAUUCGACGUACCUCCUUCUGCGUAUGGCAACUUGGAUGAAGAGGAUGAAGAACUUGAUGAAGAGGAUGGAGAGCUUGAAAGAGGUAACGAAGAUGAUGACGUAGAUGAAAUGAAUGAUGAUGAAGAAAUACCAGAUGAUGAUGACGUAGAUGAAAUGAAUGGUGAUGAAGAAGAUGGAGAAAUUUCAGAAAAUAAUGAUGAAGAAGAAGAGCUUGGUAGACAUGAUAUUAUUAAAACACUUGGCAAAGCUAGUAACUCAAUAGACAAAAAGGAAAACAAUAUUAUAGAUGAAAAAGAUGAGGACAAUUACGACACAUCAUUCUUCUCUGAGGCACCUGCUGAUAUUGAAGUUUCCAAAUCAUUUAAUGAUAUGAAUUUGUCACGCCCACUCUUAAAAGCCAUCUAUGAAAAGGGAUAUGAACAUCCAACACCAAUCCAGUCCAGAUGUAUUCCUCUUUUGUUAAAAGGUAGAGAUAUUUGUGCUAGUGCAAUGACAGGUUCUGGUAAAACAGCAGCUUUCAUCUUGCCAACAUUGGAAAGAUUAUUGUACAGAGAUAGAUCAAGAAAGGAAACUCUUGUAGUUGCAUUGCUUCCUACAAGAGAAUUGGCAGCUCAGUGUUACGAAGAUUGCAGCCAUUUUUUACAAUAUACAGAUAUUAGAUGUUGCUUAAUUACGGGAGGAAACCUUAAAAUCCAAAAACAAAUUCAAGUUUUGCAAUCAAAGCCAGAAAUUAUUAUUGCAACACCGGGAAGAGUUGUGGAUCACUUACUCAACUCUCCAAACUUCCGUCUUGAUGAAGUUGAAGUACUAAUCUUGGAUGAAGCUGACAGAUUACUGGAAUUAGGUUUUGAACCUCAAAUCAAAACAAUCUUGGAUCACAUUCCAACAGCAAGACAAACAAUGUUAUUCUCAGCAACAAUGACAGAUGACAUUGAACAAUUAGUGAAACUCUCAUUAAAGAAUCCAAUCAGAGUUUCUUGCGAUUCAAGAACAGGUGUUGCAAGUGGAUUGACUCAAGAGUUUAUCAAACUUGCUGAUGAUGAAAAUAUUAUCAUGAAGCAAGCUAUAUUACUUUCCUUGUGUACAAGAUCUUUCCCAAGUGAAGUAAUAAUAUUUUGUAACACAAAAUCUAUGGUAAGAAAACUGAAAAUGUUAUUAUUUUUGAAAGGACUAAAAGUGUCUGAACUUAGCUCAUCUCUUACACAAGCUGUUAGAUUGAAGGAAUUAUAUAAAUUUGCCAGCCAUGAAACAGACUUUUUAGUGUGUACAGAUGUUGCCUCUAGAGGUUUGGAUAUUAAAGGCGUAAAGACAGUUAUCAAUUUUGAUAUGCCUCUAAAUUUGAAAACCUAUAUUCACAGAGUAGGUCGUACAGCUCGUGCUGGUGCAUCAGGUGUUGCUGUUUCAAUGAGUAGUGAAAGUAGCAUUGCUAUCUUGAGAAAAAUUGUUCGCCACUCAAAGAAAAAGGGACAAUCAGUACAACAAAGAGUAAUACCGACAGAAUCUAUAGAAUUUUGGACAGAUAAAAUUGAAGAAAUGAAACCACAACUCAAAGAAUUAGAACAGCAAUUAAGAAUGGAAGAAGAAAUGCAACAGGCUGAAAUGUUAGCUGCCAAGAAUGAAAAUAUCGAAGAGUUUAGAGAGGAUAUUAUGAGUAGACCUAGAAAGGAAUGGAUCAUGUCUAAGGCUCAGAGAGAAGAAUUGAAUGAAAAGGCAAAAGCCCAAAUGGUUGAACAAGAUGAACCAACAAAGAAGAAACGUAAAUUAGAUCCUGAGGAAUAUGAAAACGAAGAAGAAAUGUUAGCUAAACAACCUGCUGUUGAAUAUAUGGAUUAUCUGGAAAAGAAACCUGUUGAUAAAAAGAAGAAAAAGAAGGAAUCUUUUAAGAGGGAAAUGAAGGAAAUGGGCAUCAAGAACUGGGAUUCAUAUGUAAGAAAAUCUGGAAAGCAAGCAAAACUCAUCCACAAACUUAAGCGUAAUCAUAUUGAGUCUGAUUUGAUCCAUAAGGAUAAAAAGGAAAAAAUCAUGCAACAAAAAGAAAAGAGAAAGGCAAAACUUGCCUUUAAGGAAAAGAAAAAAGCAAAGGUUGAACGAAUCAAGCAACAAAGAGGAGCCCAAGACAAAAAAUCAGAGAAAAGAGCUGCUGAUGCUUUCAAAAAGACUAAGAAACAAUCUCACUCAGGUUUCAAGAGCUCUAAGAAAUAUAAGAGAAGAUAA